AUGUCGCGAAUCAACGGAGCAGAUGUAGCAAAGCACCACACCAAGAAUGAUUGUUGGAUUGUGCUGGAUUCAAAGGCGUACAAUGUGACCAACUUCUUAUCAGAACAUCCAGGCGGCGCACCAAUCAUCUUGAAGAAUGCAGGAGCGGACGCGACAGAAGAGUUCAAAAAGUAUCAUCCACUGAGCUAUCUGGAGGAUUACCUACCGAAGGAAGCUCUCAUGGGACCCGUUGAUCCAAGCACAUUUGGUCAACUUCGUCAACUCAAAGACACGCAUUCCAAAAAGCCGUCAGAUACGGAUCCCAACUCCAAUGAAAUUCCUCAUGUCAGUCUUUGCGUCACGACAGCCGACUUCGAACCAGUGGCAAAGGCAGUUAUCCCUCACAAGUCAUACGUCUAUACCUCUGCCUACGCGAACACGGGUGCAUCGUUCAAAACCAACAUCGAUGACUGGGGUCGCAUAAGUUUCCGUCCACGUGUAAUGCGCAGUGUAGGUGAAGUAGACGCGCGCCGCAAGAUCUUCGGACACAGCUCACCGUAUCCAUUCUACAUUUCCCCUAUGGGAACAAUGGGCGCGACCCACGAAGGUGCCGAGCCAGAAAUGAUACGAGGAGCAGUCCGCAAAGGGAUACAUGCGCUUAUCAGCACGGCAAGUUCCAAGAGCAGCGAGCAAAUCAUGCAGAGCUAUGUCGACGAACAAAAGCGGCUUGGUAAUAAAAGCCCGACGCAACUGUUCUACCAAUACUACAUGCCCGUAGACAAGGACAAGGCUCUCGAACUCAUCCGCAUUGUAAAGCGCUGCGGAUACAAGGGCCUGUGGAUAACAGUCGACGCACCCAUUCUCGGAAAACGUACCGCAGACCGCCGCCUUCAGGCUGAGGAGGCGGCGGCAGUCGGCCUUGCCGAUGAAGGUCCCGGAGAGUGGGAGGUUGGCGGUGACAACGCCUUUGCACCUGCCAUGGGCGGACGCCCAGUCCAAGGCCAAUUGACUCCGUACAUGACAUGGGACGACUUGAAGUGGGUCCGUAAAGAAUGGGAUGGACCCAUCGUACUCAAGGGCAUCCAGUGCGCAGAAGACGCAAAACUCGCACUGGAACACGGAUGCGAUGGUAUCUUACUUAGCAACCACGGCGGCAGACAACUGCAUACUGCGCCCAGUUCACUCAUGACACUCCUGGAAAUCCGCACCUACUGCCCAGAAGUCCUCGGUAAACUAGAAAUCUUCCUUGAUGGCGGACUGAGAGACGGAAACGAUGUGCUCAAAGCAUUGUGCCUAGGUGCUACGGCAGUCGGUGUUGGAAGGCCAUUCCUCUAUGCGCUUGGUGCCUAUGGCUCCAAGGGUGUUGAGAAAUGUGUUGACAUACUCGCGGAUGAGCUCGAUACCGGAAUGCGCUUGCUGGGUAUCACAUCGUUGGAUCAGUGCAGACCCGAGAUGGUUAACGCGAGUCGCUUGUUGAAUGAGAUGUGGCGACCUGAGCAAUUGAACUUGAAGAGCAAGCUAUAG